AGUAGUGGUUCGGCGAAAAAAGUACAUAAUCGCAGUAGGUACCGGGUACAGUCCUUAUCCUUGAAAUAAAAUCUUCCUUAUCGUCGCAUUUAAUGCAGUUGAAUUUAAACAUUACAACGUUCGCACACUCUAUCAGACGGUUUGUCAAUAAAAUUAUUUCGUUUUUCUAAAUAUUGUUUUGAGUUAAUAAUCACUAUUGUUCGUCUAAAAAAAUGCGGGAAAACGUGGUGAACGAGUUAAUCGUAAGAUUAACAAUGUAAGCCAAUUAUCCUCCUAAGGACGCAUGACCUAACACACGGUUAUAAAGUUUCAUUGUGUUAGUUAAAUUAGUACCUAGCAGUGAUAAACAACGGUAGAAGUGAAUUUAAUUCUUUUUUUGUGACAAGUGCCAAAGAAAGUUUUUAUUGACAUAAAUUGUUCGUUCAAGAGAAAAAUUAAUACGUAUUUUCGGAAUCAAAAGGAAUAAGAUAAUUACUUUUUACACGGUUAAUUAAUUAACAGUUGUUUAUUAAAUUUAAUGUCUUAUUUUAAAUUCAAAUAAAAAUGUAAUUUAGUUGUCGUUAGUGAACUAGUUUUCGCGUGGAACUACGGUGAAAAGAAAUUGUGAAAAUUAAAUAAAAUUCGAAUCUAUUUAAAGCUCUGUGUUUCGUGUUCCUCUAGCUGAUUUUGCCUAACAAUGGGGAUGGUAUAUAUGGGUGCAUUCAAAGUGGCUUUAACUCUAGGAUUAACCUAUACAGUCGUAACUAAGAACUCUUACAGUCGAAGAAGUGUACCGAGAUCGAGACCAAUUUGCUGCACUUGUAAGGGAAGUUGCGGCUCCCGAUGUAGGCAGAAUGGGCAUUGAAAUUUUAUCGUUUACCAUCAAAGAUGUAUUCGACAAUGUUGAAUACCUGUCAUCCCUUGGGAAAGCACAAACAGCCAUGGUUAAAAGGGAUGCAGAUGCAGGUGUUGCAGAAGCCAAUAGAGACGCAGGAAUAAGGGAAGCAGAAUGUCAGAAGCAAGCAAUGGAUGUGAAAUAUGCUACUGAUACAAAAAUUGAAGAUAACACAAGAAUGUUCAAGCUGCAGAAAGCUAACUUCGACCAAGAAAUUAACACUGCCAAAGCGGAAGCCCAAUUAGCAUACGAACUUCAAGCUGCGAAAAUACGUCAAAAAAUUCGUAGCGAAGAAAUACAAAUAGAUGUUGUCGAACGAAAGAAACAAAUAGAAGUGGAACAUCAAGAAGUUAAACGAAAAGAAAAAGAAUUAAAUGCUACAGUACGUUUACCAGCAGAAGCGGAAAGCUUUAGACUACAAGCAUUGGCCGAAGGAAAUCGAACGCAAACAAUUCAAGUGGCCAAAGCAGAAGCUGAAAAGAUAAAGAAAAUCGGCGAGGCUGAGGCUACUGCAAUCGGGAUGGUUGGUAAAGCAGAAGCCGAAGGAAUGCGCCUGAAGGCUCAGGUGUAUAAACAAUACGGUGAUGCCGCCAUAAUGUCACUCGUUCUAGAAGCCUUACCAAAGAUCGCUGCGGAAGUAGCGGCACCGCUUGCGAAAACGGAAGAGAUUGUUCUGAUUGGCGGUUCGGAUAAUACGACCGCGGAAAUUUCUCGUCUCGUCGGUCAGAUUCCGCCUGCAGUUAAUGCCUUAACCGGUGUCGACUUGUCGAAGGUGCUUGGAAAAGUUCCCGGCGCAACGACCACCACCAACACUAAGCAUACCGUGGCUGUUAAAUAGGUUAGAUAGAUAGUUUUUAAUAUUUUACUCUUGAAUUAUGAUGAUGAUGAUGGUAUUAAAAAUAUGAUAUAUAUUUUCAAAAUAACUGCAAGUAAAUAUAAUAGUCUAAUGAAAUUUUAAGAAGGAAAGAUAAUCGACCAAUUUCUAGGAUAACUACUUCCAAGUAAAAAUUAUUACCGUUCAUGAAAGUAACUAUAUACGUUUUGAAUGUUUUCAAAUUUGCUUGACACAUUUUUGUAGAAUACUCCUAAACAAUUUCGCUGACAUUAAAAAUGUAGAAACGGUUUUAAAUACCUUAGUCAGAAAAUCUUUUUUUAAGUAAAUAACGCAUUUUCAUUAUUAUUUGUUCAAAAACGGUGGUUACCAAGUUAAUUUCCUAAUUAGGUACUAUGUUGUAUAUUUUGUAUUAAUCACAUACAUUUAUUAUUCGACAAUGAUCGAAACUGUUUUUAUUGCUUUUAUUGUUUUGUUUAGUAAUUGUUAUUGAUAAGAACUUGCAGUUAUUUAUUGCAUAAUUACAUUUCAGUGAUUGAAAUAUCCACAUUUUUUCAAACUUUUUGAUUGGGAGUGACACCGAUACUUUCAUAAAUAUCAAAAUAAUUGUGUUCUUUAGGCAAUAACAACAGACUUUUGAAAUAGAAUACAUUUCGUUAUUAUUUUACUUUACCUGUGCUUGCCAAAGAUUAAUUUUGUUGUAAAAAAGGCAUUUCUACAAACUUCGAUAUGCAAAAAAAUGAAAUGUUUUGCGAUCAAAAAUUAAAUCUCUUAUGCUUACGAUUUUUAGACUGCCUUCACAAAAUUGAUUUUUAAUAAUCUAACUUAAUUGAAGACAUUUUUUUAUUACAUCUACAUUUGUAUUUUUAUUUCUGUAAUUAUCUACUUAAAUAGUAGGAGAAUAAUGUCAGUGGUUGAUUGCAAAACAUUGUCAUUAAUAAAUCUGCAAUAGUGGAAAAUUCGCUAUAUUCCAAACCUGUUUAAUAUUACAAAAUCGUGUCCUGUAAUUGUUAUACAUUUUUAUCGAUAACGCGUACCUAUGUAAUUUCGUUGUAUUCGUGUUUUAUGUACUGUUCUUGAUACGUAAAAUUCAUACUCUGUUUCUAUAAUACAAGACUUGCAGCGAUGUGUUCAAAUUCGUAAUACACUUAGAACAUUUUUGUAAAAAGUUAUUAUUCAUUUAGGUUAAUUAUAAAAGUGUGUAUACAUAGAUAUUGAUCUACCGUAAUAAUUUCCAAAUAUUUUAGUACGAGAUAGAAAUUGUUAUUUUUUAGUAGUUGCAAGAAAGCAUCCAUACUCAUUCACGUUUCGCUUCUAUAAAAAGAUAUUUUCACUGAUGACUACUUAUGCAUAAAUAUGUUUCUAAUAAGCAGCAGAUAAUAUUAAAUGAUAGUAUGUAGUUUAAAAGGUUUUCAAAAUUCAACUUUCAAGUUUUUAUAAUUUUGUUCAGAAAACAGGAACAAAAACUGUAUAAUCACAUUUCUCCUAGGGUGGUUCCUACCCCUUUUUCUGGACUUAAAACUUUUCAUUUUAUAAUAGUCAAAAUUUCAGUAGCUGUAACUUGGAGGGUUUUCAAAAUUCAACGUUCAAAUUUUAAUAGUUUUGUCCAGGAGACGUAGGAACAAAAACUGUAUAUUCACAUUUUUACCAGGGUGGUUCCUACCCCAUUUUCUGGACUUAAAACUUUUCAUUUUCAUAUAGUCAGAAUUUCAGUAGUUGUAACUUGGAGGGUUUUCAAAAUUCAACUUUCAAAUUUUAAUAGUUUUGUCCAGGAGACGUAGGAACAAAAACUGUAUAUUCACAUUUUUACCAGGGUGGUUCCUACCCCAUUUUCUGGACUUAAAACUUUUCAUUUUCAUAUAGUCAGAAUUUCAGUAGUUGUAACUUGGAGGGUUUUCAAAAUUCAACUUUCAAAUUUUAAUAGUUUUGUCCAGGAGACGUAGGAACAAAAACUGUAUAUUCACAUUUUUACCAGGGUGGUUCCUACCCCAUUUUCUGGACUUAAAACUUUUCAUUUUCAUAUAGUCAGAAUUUCAGUAGUUGUAACUUGGAGGGUUUUCAAAAUUCAACUUUCAAAUUUUAAUAGUUUUGUCCAGGAGACGUAGGAACAAAAACUGUAUAUUCACAUUUUUACCAGGGUGGUUCCUACCCCAUUUUCUGGACUUAAAACUUUUCAUUUUCAUAUAGUCAGAAUUUCAGUAGUUGUAACUUGGAGGGUUUUCAAAAUUCAACUUUCAAAUUUUAAUAGUUUUGUCCAGGAGACGUAGGAACAAAAACUGUAUAUUCACAUUUUUACCAGGGUGGUUCCUACCCCAUUUUCUGGACUUAAAACUUUUCAUUUUCAUAUAGUCAGAAUUUCAGUAGUUGUAACUUGGAGGGUUUUCAAAAUUCAACUUUCAAAUUUUAAUAGUUUUGUCCAGGAGACGUAGGAACAAAAACUGUAUAUUCACAUUUUUACCAGGGUGGUUCCUACCCCAUUUUCUGGACUUAAAACUUUUCAUUUUCAUAUAGUCAGAAUUUCAGUAGUUGUAACUUGGAGGGUUUUCAAAAUUCAACUUUCAAAUUUUAAUAGUUUUGUCCAGGAGACGUAGGAACAAAAACUGUAUAUUCACAUUUUUACCAGGGUGGUUCCUACCCCAUUUUCUGGACUUAAAACUUUUCAUUUUCAUAUAGUCAGAAUUUCAGUAGUUGUAACUUGGAGGGUUUUCAAAAUUCAACUUUCAAAUUUUAAUAGUUUUGUCCAGGAGACGUAGGAACAAAAACUGUAUAUUCACAUUUUUACCAGGGUGGUUCCUACCCCAUUUUCUGGACUUAAAACUUUUCAUUUUCAUAUAGUCAGAAUUUCAGUAGUUGUAACUUGGAGGGUUUUCAAAAUUCAACUUUCAAAUUUUAAUAGUUUUGUCCAGGAGACGUAGGAACAAAAACUGUAUAUUCACAUUUUUACCAGGGUGGUUCCUACCCCAUUUUCUGGACUUAAAACUUUUCAUUUUCAUAUAGUCAGAAUUUCAGUAGUUGUAACUUGGAGGGUUUUCAAAAUUCAACUUUCAAAUUUUAAUAGUUUUGUCCAGGAGACGUAGGAACAAAAACUGUAUAUUCACAUUUUUACCAGGGUGGUUCCUACCCCAUUUUCUGGACUUAAAACUUUUCAUUUUCAUAUAGUCAGAAUUUCAGUAGUUGUAACUUGGAGGGUUUUCAAAAUUCAACUUUCAAAUUUUAAUAGUUUUGUCCAGGAGACGUAGGAACAAAAACUGUAUAUUCACAUUUUUACCAGGGUGGUUCCUACCCCAUUUUCUGGACUUAAAACUUUUCAUUUUCAUAUAGUCAGAAUUUCAGUAGUUGUAACUUGGAGGGUUUUCAAAAUUCAACUUUCAAAUUUUAAUAGUUUUGUCCAGGAGACGUAGGAACAAAAACUGUAUAUUCACAUUUUUACCAGGGUGGUUCCUACCCCAUUUUCUGGACUUAAAACUUUUCAUUUUCAUAUAGUCAGAAUUUCAGUAGUUGUAACUUGGAGGGUUUUCAAAAUUCAACUUUCAAAUUUUAAUAGUUUUGUCCAGGAGACGUAGGAACAAAAACUGUAUAUUCACAUUUUUACCAGGGUGGUUCCUACCCCAUUUUCUGGACUUAAAACUUUUCAUUUUCAUAUAGUCAGAAUUUCAGUAGUUGUAACUUGGAGGGUUUUCAAAAUUCAACUUUCAAAUUUUAAUAGUUUUGUCCAAGAGACGUAGGAACAAAAACUGUAUAUUCACAUUUUUACCAGGGUGGUUCCUACCCCCUUUCCUGGACUUAAAACUUUUCAUUUUAUAAUAGUCAAAAUUUCAGUAGCUGUAACUUGGAGGGUUUUCAAAAUUCAACUUUCAAAUUUUAAUAAUUUUGUCCAGGAGACGUAGGAACAAAAACUGUAUAAUCACAUUUCUCCUAGGGCGGUUCCUACCCCUCUUUCUGGACUUAAAAUUUUUCAUUUUCUUAUAGUCAAAAUUUCAGUAGCUGUCACUUAAAGGGUUUUCAAAAUUCAACUUUAAAUUUUUAAUAGUUUUGUUCAGGAAGCGUAGGAAGAGGAAUUGUAUAAUCAAAUUUUUCCUAGGGCGGUUGUUACUUCCCCAUUUUCGUACUUAAACUGCACAAGUUGUUGCUUAUUGGGUUUCUAAAAUUCUAUGUUUAAAUUUGAAUAGUUUUGUCUUUGAAACAGGAACAAAAGCUGUAUGGUUACAUUCUUCCUAAUGCGAUUCUUAACCCCUAUUGUCGUGCAUGAAUUUAGGAAGCCAUGGACGGAGUGGUUGUUAACCCCUUUCCUGAAUUUGAAACAUGCUAUUUCGUAAUAGUCAAAUGGCAAUGUGCGUAGGCGAUAGAAUUUUGAAGACUCUCAAUAAAUUUUCAUUGUUAGGGCUAAAGAACGUACAAGCAAGAACUAAUUUUAAUUUGCAUGUGCAUAUAAGAGAAGCGAAACGCAUAAUUUUAGUUUUAAAAUUAGUUUUGCAGAAAAUAAUAUUUUUACCCCAAUUUACAAUAAAAUGUUGUUUUUAAAAAGCCAGUCGUGUAGUGCGUAACUAAAUGUAUGGACAUAUUUUUGUACUUCAUAGUUACUUAAAA